UUUGUUGAUUCGUACAUCUUCAGAAGUCUAAAUGGUUCUGUCUCUUUCAGUCAUUCUGACGGAUGAGGAGGUGCAGAGAAAGAAGGAUCUGAUCCUGAAGAGGAAGGAGGAGGAGGCGGCGCGGGAGGCGCGGAAACCUCGUCUGAGCGAGGAGCAGAUGCAGAUCAUCAGCACACUGGUGGAGGCGCAUCACAAGACCUAUGACGACUCCUACUCUGAUUUUGUCCGAUUCAGGCCUCCGGUCCGUGAGGGUCCGGUCACCCGCAGCGCCAGUCGUGCCGCGUCUCUUCACUCUCUGUCUGACGCUUCAUCAGAUUCAUUCAACCAUUCACCAGAGUCUGUAGACACGAAGCUGAACUUCAGUAAUCUGCUGAUGAUGUAUCAGGACAGCGGCGGCAGUCCAGACUCCGGCGAGGAGGACAACUCACGUCUGUCCAUGUUACCGCAUCUCGCAGACCUCGUCAGCUACAGCAUCCAGAAAGUCAUCGGAUUCGCCAAGAUGAUCCCUGGAUUCAGGGACCUGACGGCAGAAGAUCAGAUCGCUCUGCUCAAGUCCAGCGCUAUCGAGAUCAUCAUGCUGAGGUCCAAUCAGUCGUUCAGUCUGGAGGACAUGAGCUGGAGCUGCGGAGGACCGGACUUCAAAUACUGCAUCAAUGACGUCACCAAGGAGAUGCAUACGAACACUCUGAUCUUGAAGUUUCAAGUGGGUCUGAAGAAGCUGAACAUGACUGAAGAGGAACAUGUGCUGCUGAUGGCCAUCUGCCUGCUGUCCCCAGAUCGGCCCGGCGUUCAGGACCACGUGCGCAUCGAGGCGCUGCAGGAUCGUCUGUGUGACGUCCUGCAGGCGUACAUCCGGAUCCAUCACCCCGGCGGGCGUCUGCUGUACGCCAAGAUGAUCCAGAAGCUGGCGGACCUGCGCAGCCUGAACGAGGAGCACUCCAAGCAGUACCGCUCGCUGUCCUUCCAGCCCGAGCACAGCAUGCAGCUCACGCCGCUGGUGCUGGAGGUGUUCGGCAGCGAGGUGUCCUAGCAUCCGAGAGCCCCCCGGCACGCUCCGGAGCCCCGGCAGCACACGGGACACCGCUAGAGCGUCACCGGUCACUCUACGGGGGGCUGAAGGGAUGCACGCACGAGCGAGGGAGUGAGGGUGGUGCACAGGUCUGGAUAACGUCUCGGGAUUCCCGCUUUUAAGCUACAGGGGAUUCCGAAAGGAAUGUAUUAAUAAUGUAUGAAUAGAACGAUGCAUAUAAACUAAUAUUUAUAUUUAAGAGAGAGAGAGAGAGAGAGAUGGUUUGUAUUAAGUGAAAAUGUAUGGCCAGGUUAUCCUCUGAUGUAAUAGGAUUAGCAGGCUCUUCUAGUUUGUGUGUGUGUGUGUGUGAGAGAGUGUGAGCGUGACGAAAUUUUAUGCAAUUCAAAUUCACAAUGGCUCUGUUCCAAAACCUAGUGAGUGCCCUACGUAGGCGGCAUUUCAAGACAUAUGUGCAUCUAUAUCACAUCGCAACACAAAAAAAAUCCCGGAAUGCAGGGGUGUAGGAACAACUUGAAUGUAUAAAUCAGCCGCAAUUUUAAUGGUGAUUAAAAUUAGUUUUUAUUAUUUUUAGAAUGUCACAUUGUUAGGUUAGUAACAUUCUAGUGUCUAAUUCUAUUGCAAGUCAGAUCGAGCACUGUUUGUGCGAGUUGCUGCGUUUGUAGUACGUUCACAAGCAGUUACUUUUGAGAAUCUUUGGAGUUCACUAGGUUUUGGGUCAGUGGAUUGAACUUGGCCUGAUAUAUUGAUCUGUAUGUAGUAUGUGUGCUUGUAUGUCAAGGGCGGAGCAUUAUAGACACACUACACACACACACACACACACUCUCUAAACUGAGAGAAGGAGGCCUGGCUGUAGGUCUGAUGUCUGUAUAGAUAGGAUCUUAGUUGACCACAAGAGAGCCGAAACGCAGGAACUGGCCCCAGAGAUCAGCCCAAAUGCUGCUCGACAUUAUUUAUCAUCGAUAACAAGGCUAUCCGGCUGCUUCGACCUCAUAUUAUUCAGUGGAUAUAGUUCAAAACGAGGCCUUACUUUACCUUCUACCAGAGAUAUCAGAAGCAAUGUGUAAUACGAACCCGUUUCACUGGAUUUUGAAGAGCAGUCAGCGUUUUUUGUCAUUUUCUGUUAUGUCUUCAAGCGUUGGGCAUUGAGCAGAACUGUCAAUCAACCAAUGUAAAUCAAGACAAUUUAUGUAUAUAUCUACCCACAUUUACAUUCUCAGAUGGUUUGUAAAACCAUGCUUAUGGGAUAGGGCUGGUCUGUGUACAUAUAUGCACAAAUGCACCAAUUUGCAUACAAUUUGUUUUUAACUGGACUCUGUAAAUCACAAGCGAUUCCCCCAUUCCAGCAGUUUCCGCGCUGCUCUCUUGUGGUCAUGAGCUGUAAAUACCACUCGUGUUGUUUCUGUGCAUAUGUCUAAUGAAAAGAAUAGGCUAAUACAGUUAAUCAGCUGAAAAGAAGAAGCUUGGGAGAAAUAUGCAAAUCUGAUAUUAUGUCUCGGAUGACAUAAUAAGCUUUUAAGGCCGUAUCUAUCGCUGACGCUUUUAGAUGCAAAUUCCACAUUGAAUUUUAUUGCUUAUAAAUGAUUACCUUGGCUUAGUUUUGUACGGAUUCUGAGACAUCAAACUGGUUAUAUUUUUAUUUCUGCAAAUCGACAUCUCAAACAGACUGAGCUGCAUUAGCUGUUCCCGCGUUCGCAAACUCGACUCGAAACUGCUGCUUUAGUUUUGUUUUUAGCUACAACCGCUGCCUCAAACCAGCCAAUUCAGGCACACAUGUAACCGGUCCGUGUAGAGGACUCGACGAAGCUUUAACAUUACUGCGGGUGAAACGGAAAGAGGGGCUCGUCCAGACCUUGGCUGCUAACAAAAAAAACAGCGACGGACGUCCCGUUUAUCUCAGCUGGAAGGUUCCUCGAGAGUAGGAACGCCUGGAUGAACGCCGUCCUCCAAUGGAGAAACCGUCUUGUGGACGAUAGACUGGAUUGCAGAUACAUGUAUAUACCAGUUACGAUAAGCUUCGUUUGGAUUAUACUAGUUUUGAGUGUAUUCGUAACUGCCAAUGCCCCUUUUCACCUCCAAAAUCCAGAUCGAACACGACUGGAUCGCUUGCAUCCGAUCAACAAGGGAAAUAAACCGACAACCUCUGUCCCCCGCUCUGGAUUCAGCAUGAAGCUUUGCCCUCAUCACUUCAACCCAGUUAAGAGAGAAGGGACCUCCAAUCGCCGGAGUCCCGCCAGUUUUGGGUUUGCUUCAUUGGGUGGACAUUAUGAAUGGAAAAACGAGGGGUUUCUGCCGUUUCGGUUUCCAUUGAUCAGUAUUUUCGUGAAGGGGAUGUUGUCGUAGACGCGUAGGAGGAUCUUCUGGACUGUCUAUGCACUUUUGGAUCAGUUAAUGUUAAUCUUUGCAUCCACUGAGAUCCUAAAGCGGUUGUCUUCUCUGUUGGAUGUUCUUGGCUGAAUUGAAGGCAGCAGACCAACCUAGCGCUCCAGUUGUUUGCGAAGCUCUCGGUUGGUCUUGCGCCGCACAGCUAGACUUUAGAAACCCAUCGCUCGUGCUGCACCUUUCCUCCGGAGAAAAGGUUGACCUUUAAAAGCCGUGCGGGGUUCUUGAGUCUAGCUGGAGGAAAUCUACAGGCAUGUACUUACGAUGAAGCGGGUGAACGAAUCGUUGAUGACUCUGAAUGCUGAUUAAGGACAACACAAACCACCAGGUGCCGUUGUUAACCAAAAUGAACUACCUCUCUCAUUCAUUCACACCAUUACAAUGUUUGUUUGUUUUUUUUGUUUUUAUUUAUUCUUCUCUGACUCAAAUGCUGGACUGUUUACCUCAAGACGUCUCCAUAAGCCUGCAGCUUAAACGGUGCUUUACUGCCUGACCGAUGGCUAAAAGCCCUUUCUUGAUGUGUUACGUUAUCUCUGUUAUGCUAACAACAUGGCGGUUGUGUGCACGGAAAGUUGGCGCAACUCCCCAAGAUGUACGUUGAGCGUUUCGUUUGGAUCCUCCAAUUGAAACGCUCACAUUUUGGAGAUGUUCCCGCUGGUAUCCGUCAGUAUUCACUCUUUCUCAUGCAGAAUGUCAAAGCAUUGACAACCAAGCUAGCUAAU